CUGUCUAGCGAAGGGGACUCGUCUAAACCGGCCAAUGAGUCCACGGGUGAUGCUACCUCCCAACCCUCGGAGACCAAUGUGCGCCGACCGGUGAUCAUUCAUCGCGCCAUCUUGGGCUCAGUGGAACGAAUUAUGGCAAUCCUUACAGAGUCCUAUGGUGGAAAAUGGCCGUUCUGGCUCAGCCCACGCCAAGCUCUGGUUGUUCCUGUGGCAUCUAUAUACGAUGAAUACGCAACACAGGUUCGAGACAAGCUUCACGAAGCUGGUUUCAUGGUCUCUGUGGAUACCGACCCCGGUCGCACACUGAACAAGAAAAUUCGCACCGGUCAGCUUUCUCAAUACAACUUCAUACUGGUGGUUGGUGAGAAAGAAGCGACCAGUGGCACAGUGAAUGUUCGCACUCGAGACAAUAAAGUUCACGGAGAGCAUCCGGUUGAACACGUGAUCGAACGUUUUCGAGCACUGGCUACCUCCAAAACACGCGAGGCGGAACUGGAGUAUUGA